AUGACUUUUCUCACAAAAUCGUUGCAUUUUUAUCAAUAAUUUUGUAUUAAAAACUGAAAAAGCUUCGCCUUAACAAUAUCCAAGUGACGUUGAACGAUUCAUUCUUGAUUCGGAGCCAUCGAUUAUUUUUUAACUCUCAAUCUAUCGAUUUCUUCGCAUGGCAGGUGUCUGUCCUCGCAGACGAUGGCAAUUGCUUAUUUAACCCGGAAAGAAUGUAUUUCGUCUUGUCAUCGGCUACAUAGUGAUCAAUUGAGUGACGAGGAGAAUAAAAAAAUUUACGGAAAGUGCAAUAAUUAUUGGGGACAUGGCCAUAAUUACACUAUCGAAGUUACAGUACGUGGUCCAGUGGAUUCCAAAACAGGAAUGGUUAUGAAUAUUUCUGAUCUCAAGGUCUACAUGAACGAAGUUAUUAUGAAUCGCUUGGAUCACAAAAACUUAGACAAAGAUGUGGAAUAUUUCAAAAAUGUCGUUUCAACAACGGAAAACGUAGCCAUAUAUAUUUUUAAUGAGCUCAAAAUUCUGCUGCCCAAUCCGAGUUUAAUGUACGAAGUGAAGAUUUAUGAAACUGAUAAGAAUAUUGUUGUGUACAGAGGCGAGUGAAUCACAAUAUCUCGCCUAUUUUUGAAUGUAUCCAAAAAUGUAAAUCCUCUCGAAGAUUCUUGAUUCUUACUGCAUGACAGGUGGAUUUCGUAUUUUUCUGUAAAAAAAAAAUGUCAACGGUAAUCGAUUUGUAAUUAUUUUUCGAAUAUGUCAAUCCUGGACAUCAUUUUUAUAUGAAUUUUUAUUUUGUACGAUUUUUUCCCAUAACUCCUGAAGAAGAAUAAAAUCUUUUAGAUCAACAAAA